AAAACAAGGCUCCUUAUCGCGCCGUAAUUAUCGCGCGCCGUCAAGUUUUCUCUGACAAUAAUAGAGAAAUAUCGCGGUAUUUACGCUGCAAAAUGUCUAGCGCGAAGAUCAUCGAAAAUCCAGAAAUACCGGGAUUAGAAUGUUUUCUGCCGCCGCCUCCACCGCCUCCGCCGCCUCCGCCUCCUGUUACAACGCCGAAAAGCAACAACUUGGCAAUUACGACAGAGCAACAACAACCUGUGACAACGGAAUCGACGACGACCGCUUUAUCGACUAACGAAACAGCGGGAAAUCUAACAACGAUUCAAGCAGCAACCACAUCGUUUCCAAGCCUUCCUGUGCCAACAGCGUAUAUCAUGCAUCCGGCGAUGCAACCACAAACACCUGGACAGCCAACUACACCGUGGUGGGUACCAACGGAUUCCGAUACAUCGGACCUUUAUGCACGGUGGUAUGACACGACCUACAAAGCGGCAGCUGCGGCAGUCGUAUCGCCGACGAUACAAGUUUGCAACAAGACCAAGAACAAGUAUUACAAACGCAAGAACGAGUUCAUCGAUCCCGCGGUAGACGCAGAGAAAGUUGCAAGCGCCCAGAGGGAACUGGCAGCACUAAUGAAACCGCUGAAAUGCGAUCUGUGCAAUGCAGUUAUGAACUCUAUGUUACAAGCAAAGUUACAUUACGAUGGAAAGCCGCAUCAGAAGAAGGUGUCUAUGUUUCUGAAUCAGAGUGUAAAGAAACAAAAGACCGAAGACGGCCAAGUCAGUAGUACGACCACCGACUGGCAAAACUAUUGUGAUAUUUGUAAGACGUGGUUCACGUCGCAAACGGAUGCGACGCAACACUACGCUGGUAAAAAACAUAUUAGAGCAGCGAACGGCGGACGUCGUGCGAGGCCGUCGAAGAAGUCGCAAAAUCAAAAUCAGUACAGUCAAAUAGAUCCCAGCGGCCGAUUCGGAAUGGCUUUUCAGGCGGAAGUGCAAUCUACACAGCCGGCACAGCCGGUAGUACCUGACGGUACCAAUGCGGUACCUGUGCCAGCAACGGCCUCCAUCUACACACCGCCUCCUUAUCCAACGCCGUUGCGUUGCGAUCUCUGCGGUGUUUCGGCAAAUCGGCAGGAUCAAUUAGAAACGCACAAACGUGGUGCUAGGCACUUGAGAAUGCUCAGAUUGAACGGAUUGCCCGUUCCCGAGCCUGCUACCGAGAGCGAGGCGACACCCGCUACCCCUGGACCUAUAGAUUAUUCCAUUUACCGAACACCAUCAGGCCAGUAUUAUUGUGCACCGUGCAAUCUGUCGUUAAACUCCGAGAGUACGUUUGCUCAGCACGUGGAGAGCAAAAAGCAUAAAAAUCAGUCGAACCCAAAGUCUCCGUCUAAUGCCGUAGUGGUGUCGAAGAAAGCUAGAUUCAAGAAGAAAUAAGACCACGGGGGCAUCGUACACGUGCACGGUCGGUGCACGCUACUUCCUCGUCUGUCCAUUGUUUUCACUGAAACUUUUCUCUCAUUUUUCGGUUACGCAGAUGUAUUGUGGUUGUAUCGCAAGCAACGUGCAGCGAUCUGUGCCUAAUAAUAAGAAAUAAAACUCUUGUUCGAUA